UGUGAGGAAGAGAACAGAGGACGCUGCAAAAGGAAAGACACUAGAAACAGUCUCAACACUCAGCUGUGCAUUCAAGAGCAGUCGACUAUGCCCCGUUCAUUCCUCGUCAAGAGUAAAAGGACUGGGUCUCAUCUGCUUUACCCAUCCGUGGACUCUGGACAUGUGGAUAUUAAACAUGAGUCCCCGUCCAGCUCUGAGGUCCAGCCCCAGAUUCAUGUCCAGUCCCACACACACACUCCCCAGACUCUGCAGUAUGGGGUGCAACUGGACGGGAAACAAUCUCUGGAUGCUGUGCAGCCUCCGUCAUCCAUGUUAGGGGUCAAAGAUUCUCUGGCUACAGCCUGCUCACCAUGGGACAGGAUGGCAGCUGGACCUCAGAGCAUGGGCCCAGCUGAGACCUUGGCUUCAGAAGCUACUUUAGAGGGUGGAGAGCCUCUGCAGCGUGUCUUGCCCUGGUCAGCGGACUGCACCCUGAGGUCUGAGAGAGAGAGGGAACUGGAGAGACUGGUUUAUAUGUUAGUCCGCCACACAUCGCACACUGACCUCAAAUCCCCUGCCAGCGAGUGCCCCCUCUGCGAAAAGGUCUUACUGUCGGGAGGUGGUCCUGAGGCUCAUUUUCAAAACUCUGUUGCACUGACAAGAUCACCCGCAGCCAGAGAACUACCCUACAUCCCCUAUGACUACAGACCCAUAGGAAAUAGUGGUAGAGCAAAGGAACGUAGUUUUGGCUGCAAGGUGUGUGGCAAAGUGUUCAAGCGCUCUUCCACCCUGUCCACCCACCUCCUCAUCCACUCAGACACACGGCCCUACCCCUGCCAGUACUGCGGCAAGAGGUUUCACCAGAAAUCAGACAUGAAGAAACACACCUUCAUACACACAGGUGAGAAGCCACAUGUGUGCAAGGUGUGCGGCAAAGCCUUCAGCCAGAGCUCCAACCUCAUCACCCACAGCCGUAAGCACAGCAACAACCGGCCUUUCAGCUGCUCCCACUGUCAGCUCAGCUUCCAGCGCAGGGUUGACCUACAGCGCCACCAAGAGACUGAGUGUGGCUAUGGAGACAUGUACAGUCGAAGAUGAGUCCGGGCAGGCUGGUCUGUGGUAGCAGGCCUGUGUUAAAACAGGAUUGUAAUUAUACAUAAAGACUUAAGAGUUUCAAACAAGCUUUA